AUGCCGACACUCACGGCAAACGAUGGUAUCAGUCUCCACUACGAGACGUAUGGCUCCCCCGAUGCCGCUCCCUUGAUCUUGCUGCACGGCUUCACAGGCUCAGGAGCAGUCUUCAAGCGCAAUAUAUCCACACUAUCCCAAAGCUUUCAUGUCAUCGUCCCCGAUUUGCGCGGUCAUGGCGAGUCCGACAAGCCCAGAGCGGGCUACCAUGUCGCACGUCUAGCAAUGGAUCUGAAGAACUUGAUUGAUUUCUUCGGUUUCCGCGACGGUACCAUAAAAGCCAUCGGUACAAGUCUAGGUGCGGCUAUUUUAUGGAGCUAUAGUGAGUUGUUCACCACCCGUGCGUUCUCGCACAUGGUCUUCGUGGACCAAGCUCCACUGCAAAAUUAUCUCGAAGAUUGGGGCCCUGAAUUCGGAAACCGGGGAUGUAACAACCCAGAAGCACUGAAAGAGAUGCAGAGAUCGCUCAUUGAAAGUCCAAAAGAAGCGCACCUCGGUACUAUCGCAGCAUGUCUAGGCUAUAGAUCACACCCACAGCCUGGCGACCCAGCAUCAGAUUCGUCAAAGUGGAGAGAGGACGAAGCAUUCUUCUUGUCAGAGGCUUUGAGGGGAAACGGAUGGUGGUAUGGAAAGCUGAUGGCUGAUCAUACGGCAAAUGACUGGCGACAUCCCAUCGCACAUUCGUUUGGACCACAGAGCAGGAGCCCAACACGAGUACUAGUCGUGGCGAGUAGCCGAAGUGGAUGCUUUCCUGCUGCAGGGCCGUUGAAGGUAGUUGAACUGGUAAAUGGAGGCGAAAACGAAGGCCUUGCCAAGGGAGUGACUGUUGAUUGGGGUGGCCACUGGUGUUAUUGGGAGAAGCCUGACAUGUUCCAUGGGCUUGUCCUCGACUUCCUCAAAUAA